AUGACUCCUCAAACACCUCGCGGUCGUUUCUGCAACAAUGGAUCUGUGUCCUCCAACAGAAAGAUUAAUGAGAACAUUUUAAAGGUCUCCGGCGAAUGGAUUCAAGGAUACAUGGUAAAAGAGAAAAAUGCCAAGAAGAUUGUCAAAUCUUUCAUGACUCAUAUUCUGAUAAAUAUAACUUCACCACCGGAGAACAUCAGAAAGUUUACAAUCCGGACAUCUCGCAACACAAAGAGUGGAUAUGAGGAGCUGCCAGCGGAUGUGACACACGAAAUUAUAAGUAUGUCUCGAAAGGUUCAGAAUAUCUAUAAAAAUUACUUUGUUUACAGGACUAGCAAAAGAAGGACUAGGUUUUCAUCCCUGAAAUCCAACGUCUCAACAAAUGGAAUCGUAUCCGAACUCAUGUCGUUGAAGAACGGAGUUCCUAGUUAUCGAGCUCUUGUGCGAAAUCAGCCGUUCCAGUCUACAUCAUCUUCGCAUCCGGGUCCGCAGAAGAGUCAAAUGCAUUUGAUGACAUUUCGAAAAAGGAGAAAUACUAGAGGAUUCGGAUCUGUAUGCUUAUUCAUGAUUCGAGGAGGCCAGGUCUACGUGCUCAUAGAAGAAUAUGGAUCAGCAGCUGCUCUAAGACUUGAUUUUUCAAAAUUAGCUCGGAACACGCAACGUUUGGCUAGGUCAACUAAACUUUUUGCUGACAAUAAUUGUGACUCUCUUAUAGUUAAAUGCACUAACCUAGUUGGUCUCACAUUGAUCCCCACUUCUGAUGUUUUAUCUACUUUCCUAUCAAUCCAGUUUGAUGGAAACACUUAUUUCUGCCCCAUUCGUUACUCCCCCAGUGUUGUUAGAUAA